AUGGAUUAUUUGGAUUGCCGUGCCGAAUCGUUUGAACCGUACUUGAUUUACGGUGAUCCCGCCUAUGGCAUGCUACGGUGGAUAUGCAGUGGAUUCAAAGGGGACAUUUCAAGCCGUGAGAAAGAGUUCAAUUCGUCGUUGAGUCGUGUGCGUCAAUCAGUAGAAUGGGGGUUCUGUCGAAUGAAGACGCAAUGCGCGUUUGUGACGUAUAAAAUGCAGCAAAAAAUCAUGCUACAAAGUGUCGGCAAGGUGAUCAAUUUGGCGAUGCUGUUUACGAAUUGUCAAACGUGCUACAACGGGGGAAAUCAAUCAAGUCAGUUCUUCCAAUUGAACCCACCAUCACUGAAAGAGUACUUGACAUUAGGAUGGACUACUUAA